AUGACAGCCUUUCUCAGCUCUCAAACACAAUCCCCCAGUUUCCGUGCCGUAGUUGUUCCGGCGUUAAUUCCAUCCAAAUUGCUAGUGUUCCAUUGA